AUGCCAUCUUAUGCAAAAUUCUUAAAGGAUAUUCUCUCUAACAAGAAGAAGCUAGAAGGGAAUGCUACAGUUGCAUUGACUGCAGUGUGUAGUGCAAUUUUGCAAAACACACUUCCUAAGAAAUUAAGCGAUCCAGGUAGCUAUUCAAUUUCGGUCCUUGGAGGCAUAGAGAUCAACAGGGCAUUCUGUGAUCUUGGUGCAAGUGUGAGUCUUAUGCCGCUCUCUAUUUGCAAGAAACAUCAAAUGGGUGAACUAAAGCCUACGCUCAUAUCACUACAACUUGCGGAUAGGUCGGUUAAGUUUCCUUUAGGUAUAUUUAAAGAUGUUCCUCUUCGCGUGGGAAAAUUCUUUAUUCCAUGA